AUGCAACAAGAAAAUACUUAUCUUUCUCAAUUUCCUGAUAUUAUUAAACAACUUAGACAAUUAAGUAAUUUGAAUAAUGCACAAAUAUUAUUUGAUUCAAGAUUAGAAAAUUGGAGAAAAAAUGAAUCAAUUUUUAAUGAAAAAAUUAUUGGACGAAAUAAUAUAUUUAUUCUUAUUCAUGAUAUGGAAGGAAAUAUCUUUGGAGGAUAUAUUAAAACAAAAAUUAAUAAAGAGUGUGAGUGGAUUAAAGAUGAGGAAGCAUUUAUUUUUUCAUUAGAAUCCAAUGGUAGAAUUAUGACACCAAAAUCUUUUCCUAUUAAAAAAGAUAAAAGCCAAUAUGCAAUCUUAUUAUUUUCAAAAGAUUUUGAUUAUCUCUUUCAAAUAGGAUUUGGAUAUGAUAUUGUUGUUACAAAACAAAAUCACUCAAAUAACUUUUUAUCAGGAGUUAAUGAAACAUCUUUUGAAUAUGGAAAAUUAAAAUAUCCUUUAUGUGGAAGUAAAACAUUUAUUGUAUCAAGAAUCAUUGCUAUUGAAAUGAAUUGA